AUGGUCCAAAUCUCCAAAUCCCUCGCCGUCGCCACUCUCCUCUUCGCCCCGGCCCUCGGGGCGCCCCUUAUCGAGUCUUCCGCUCCCGAGGACCUUUCACCUCGCGCUCCAUGCGGUGGACGACCUGGAGUCCGGUCUCGAUGCAGGCCUAACGCUCCUGCGGGACGUCCUCCCUACCGCAUGGCACCAUACGUGCACAGGCCAAGGCCCGUUGGGCCCUUCUACCGGCGCCCAUUAUACCUUUCCAAGCGGGACGGCGAGCUCGAAGCACGCACUCCCCAAGCCGGAGGAAAGAAGACGCCCAUUGACUGGGGCAAUGUUAUCAGUGGUGUUAGCGGCGCCGUUAACAUAGCUGGAGCUGUUGCUAGCUACUUGAAGCCUCGGCCUCCCCCACCACCCCCAGCGCCACCCGCUCAAGGUCAACCACCCGCACAUGGCCCGCCUCACCAGGCGCGUGGACUCGAGGGAGAUUCGUACUUCGAGGCGAGGAAUUUUGGAUACCACGCUGAUCCAGAUAUGUAUGGACGACAGAUGCUCGAGGAAUUAGGAGAAUUGCUUGCACGUGGAAGGCAGUGGUAA